AUGGUUCAGGCUUCGGAGGAAUGGGUGUGGAUGGCCGUGGUGCUGCUCAUCACAACGCUGCGCUAUGUGUCUCGCAUUCUGCAGAUGGGUGUACCCCGCAACCUCCAGAUGGAGGAUCUCGUCAUGGGGGUGGUUGUGAUAUUCUACAUAUUGCUCACCGUUUUCCUGGUCCAAGUCGACAAGUACGGCACCAACGGAUUCCCCCCGAGUGAGUUCGAGACGAUCGAUAAAGCAACAAUCCCAGACCGCGUCAAAGGCAGUAAGAUGGUCGUGGCGGUCGAGCAGUUUUGGCUGGUUGUCGUCUGGGGAUGCAAAUGCUGUCUGCUGUUACUAUACUCCACCAUGACAACCGGCCUCUGGCAACACCGCAUCGUCAAGGUCAUCGGCGGCAUCUGCGCCUUCAGCUUCCUCCUCAUCGAGAUCCUCUUCUUCGCCGUCUGGUGCCGCCCCUUCUCGGCGUACUGGUCCGUCCCCCCCAAGAGCGUCCAAUGCUCCGUCUACACGAACCACGUCAUCAUCACCCUCGCCUUCAACGUCACCACCGACGUGAUGAUCAUGGCCAUCCCCCUGCCGCUCCUCAUCCGCGCGAAACUCACCCUGUCGAAGAAACUCACCCUCUGCGCCGUCUUCUCCCUCGGCGCCUUCGUCAUCCUCUGCUCCAUCCUCUCAAAGUACUACUCCAUCUCCCAGCCCUACGGCAUCAAAUGGCUGGAGUGGUACGUCCGCGAGGCCGCCACGGCCGUCAUCGUCACCAACAUCCCGCAGACCUGGACGCUCUUCCGCCGCCUCUUCAACUGGAAGUCCUUCCUCGCGCACUCGUCCUACAACCGCAGCCAGAACAAGUACGCCGACCGCCUUGACAGCUCGACGAUCCACCUCUCGCGCUUCCGCGGCGGCGACAAGUCGCAGGUGCGCUCGACCAUCGACCGCACCGAGUCGGGCGAGCAUAUCAAUCGCGAGCAGCCGUUGGAGAUCUGGGCCCAUCGCCAGUUCCAUGUGACGAACGAGGUGGAUCAGGGGCGGCGGAGCGAUAGUUUGAGUCACAGUAGUGCCAGUCUGGAGUUUGACACCACGGGGGCGCAGACUGGGCCGGUGCAGACGGUUGUGACGACUGUGCGGUGA